AUGAGCAACCGACUUCCACCGUACAAGUUCUCUGCAGUGAAGGACUUAGAGCCAUCGAAGAUGGACGGCUCAGACCAAUAUGAUCCCCUCUUAGAUGACGCGGAUAAGAAGUCUGCAGAGCAAGGUGAAAAGCGAAUUGGCAUCCAGGCUCGAAGCCGCUUUCUCCUCCUUAGUGGCGGCUUGCUUCUCUUGUCAAUUCUCAUAUUUACUAUGGGAGGCAUCAACAUUGCUAUUAUCUCGUCUAUGGCAAACGGUACUACCAAGACGGGUGACGAAAUUAUAGCCGUCCGAAUGGCAUUAACAACAAAUCAUGUACAUCGACCCUCAGAUCAAUCGACUAGGGAUGAAUUCGGCCACUAUGGGAAAUCCAUUACAGAGGCCCGGGCGCUUAGCUGCAUCUUCGAUCCAAUGUCCUAG